AUGUCAAAUAAACUUAAAGAAAUUGAUAAAUUUGUUAUGGUCCAUAUACAAUUAAUUGAUUAUCCAAAUUUAAUACGUAUUCAAAAAGAAAUAAAUGGUUUAAAUAUUUUAUUUAAUAUUUAUGAUGAAUUUAAACGAAAUAAAUUAUUAUGGUCAAAUAUUCUUUGGACAGAACUUAAUAAUAAUGAUUCAAUUAUUAGUGUUUUAAAAUAA